AGAUCGCACAGUUAACGUUCGUCUUCGGGACCGAUCAGAAGCAAUAAAACUCGCGGCUCACGGGAAAGUUGGCAGGUGCGUGUCGUUGGCGCUUUUUUUGGUGUGUGAGUAGUUUUUUUUUUCUCUCCAUCGUCCUACUUCUACUUCCUGAAAGUUGCGGCCCCUAACCCCGAUAGCCGUUUGCUAGCACAAGCUGUUGGUGGUGAAUUUAACUCCAGGCGGACAAGUUGAAGUGAAAAAAAAAAGUGAAGAGAGCUUUCAUCCCGCCUUCAGAAUCAGUGAAACGGAACGUCAACGACUCGACUCAACGGCGGACGUUUGCCUCCUUCAAGCUUUCGUUAUAGUGUACAGAGACGUAGGGGUCGCAAAACAGCCAGAAGCCUCACGAGUCACGAAGACUGAACGGCCCAAUAAAAAGUGAUAAUGCAGAUCUUCGUGCAGAUUCCGUCGUUGCAGAUAUGCGGAUAAUCUGAUUAUACACUUCGGGCCAGCUUGCUGAGCCAGUAGGCAGUAUCUCUAGAGCCUCCUUCCUUCAAAUUGCUCUACAACAGAAUGAUGAUGCUUUCCUCGAUCGGCGGCGGCUUCAAGUGGCGUUGUUGUUGUUUUUCCCGAGAGUCAACUUUAAAUUCAACAUUCCGAGCAGAAUCGAAUCAAACCGGAACCGGAAACGGAUCGGCUUCGUGGUGGGGCUAAUGUGUGGGGUGGGGUUUGCUGUUUCCAGAUGGUGCCUCUGCCUUUCUUUCGAUGACGGUGCGGCUGGCUUUCUGUACAAGUAGCAGAAGAAUGAGAAAAACCAACACCGGAAGAGUAAUGAAAAAGUAAUUGAUGUGCCAUCGUUUGGCUGAGGCCACUCCAGUGUAAAUUCAAAAGGCAAGCGUUCCGGUGAAAAGUGACGAAUUAAGCUGAAAUAAAGUUGCGUUGUGUGAGUGUUUUGGGUUGAAAAUGCGAAUGAAGUAUGGAAAAUUGUUAAUCGUUUUUAUGAUUUGCUUCAAUUUGGUAGUAUUUUAUUACUCGUGGAGGUAUAUUUUGGCUAAUACCAGCUUUUUGGGGGAUAGUUUUGGUGCUAGCGAUCAAGGUGAUUUCGAUGAGCAGCAUGGGUACAGUUUAGGGGAACGAGGGUUAAGUUCAGAGGCCAUGAGGCUAAGUGUUUUACGAGACCGUGGAAGACCCACGAGACAAACAAAAUUGAGCAGAAUCCAGGAACGCAUCGAAAACACCAACAAGUUCCUAAGAAAAAGCAUAACAGUGAUAUUUCGUGAUUUCUACGAUUUCGAUAACGACCUGAUGCAGUCAAUUGCAAGUGUUACCAAUCUCAUUCCCAACAUCCAAGUGUUUGUGAUAUCGCCGGAGAUUCCGUACCCUCCAUUGGAUGUUUUCCUCAGCACGAGCCAGACAUCAAAUCAAACCAGCUGGUUCGAGAAGGAUAGCAACGUGAGAUUUUUCAGCCUCAGCUACGAUGUUACGAAAUCUCUGCAGGACACGCUUCCCAUCCUCCAGAUCAAAACCAAAUACACGCUUUUCCUGCCGGAUAGUGUCCGACUGAAUGGCCGAGCACUUCUCACCAGGAUCCUGAAGGAAAUCACCUCCCCCUCUCAGAACGAUCUGCUUCUGCAUCAGCACCAAAAUCUGCUGCUGAAACAGAACAACCAGGCUCCGCUUCCAAAUCUUCCCCCCAUAGACCCCAACGCCGAACCCCAGCGCAAAAUCCUGGCCAUUCCGUUUGCAUCGAAUCAGAAAUCCAUUGCCAAUUGCUGUCAUCUGCAGCUGGAUCUACCGAACUGGACCCUGGAGUACGUGACUGGCAAUGAAACAGACAACUGCGACAUGUACAAGCAGAAGCACGCCAUCCUGGUCGAGACCGAGUUGCUGCGGGAAAUGGCCGAUGCACUUUCCGACCCGUUUCCGGAACUCUUCUACAUCCAGUCGAAGCUGGCCAACGUGAAGAAGGUCCUGCUGAACGCAUCGUUCCAGGAUGGCAAAAAGCUGUUCACCUCGUACCACACCAAAACCAAGCGGAGGAACGCGCGCAAGGAGCAAUUCAAGACCCUGUACCGAAAGCUGCAGAUCAAAAAAGUCGUUCGCAAAAACUAUCUCUACGACAAGUCGAAGCUCGGCAAGCGGAAAUUGAUCAAGAGCUUCGAGCACAACAACCAGACCAUUUCGCUGCUGACGGAAAUUACUUUCUACGGGUGCGAGAAGCAAACCAAGAGCUGCAUCGGUCAGGUCUACAACUCCCAGCCGUUUUACGUCUAUUUGGGCCGACACACUCCACCCUGCUGCUUGGACAAGCUGAAGGCCAUCUUCCGACACGUGGUGGACGAAUUCGAGAACGUUGGUAUCCGGUACUGGUUGGACAAUUACGCGCUGAAGAAUGCCAUCGAGUUGAAGUCACUUUCGCCGGACGCCUACGAGAUCGAUCUGAGCUUCAACAGCGAUGACAUCCAGCGGUCGGUGGCCAUGAAGAAGGCUCUCACACGUCCAUUCACCGAUGGCGAUGGAUUUCAUUGGCUGAAGGCCACCGAUGGCCACUACUUCCGGGUGCAGUACUCGAAGGUCAAUCAAAUUGCGGUCAACCUGCUGCCAUUCGAUCUGAGUGGGGAAUCUGUAAGGCCGAAUGGGUUCUACGGGUGGAAGGCCAAAAAGUUUUCGGUCGAGUUUUUGCAUCCCAUGUCGACGGUUUUGUUCCUCGGCAAACCGGUCAUGUGUCCGAACAACGUGAUGGAAUAUUUGGAAACUAAAAGUAUCAAAUAGGAAGUGUGGGUGGGAGAUAAAAAAUUGUUAUGUUCUGUGAUAGGAUUUAGAGCGAGGAAUGUUGUGGAAGGACCGGAUAAACUUUAUAUUGGAAGCACUUCCGGGGAAUGGGUCAAAAGUGUACAUAAAGGUUAGUUAGCGCUAGUCUUUUAGUAGGAAUAUUUGUAGAACACUGUGAUGCUUUUAUGUGGGUAGCUGGACAAGCUUGUACCAUUUUGUAUUAACUUCUGAACUUUUAUUUUGCUCGGAGGGCUUAUGAAAAUCGUUGUUUUUUGCGUUACUUGAUUUUACUGUUCAACAUUUCCAGAAAGUUUGUCAGCCAGCAUUUGAUAUCUUUGAUUGUUUUGAAGCUAUUGAAUCCGGUCAGUUUAUUUGUUUCUUCAUUGGUUGCAUCGUUUUUUUCAGAGAAAAACCUCAGAAUAGAACAUAAACAGUAUAAAUUAAGGAAAACAGAACACAGAACAUUAGUUUCAAAAACUUCCCCCUAAGCACCCCUUAACCUACCCCUAACAAAACACUCUAAAGUAGGUACGUUUAAAUGAAACACAAAUUUUCCCCUGGUACAAUGUCUACAAAAUAAAUAAUUUAUUGCUUCCUACUAAGGGUAUUCUACACUGAAAAA